AUGGCGGACAAGGAAGAAUGGGAGAAAACUAUUGCUGAAGACUUGGUUGUCACCAAGUAUAAAAUGGCUGGUGACAUAGUUAACCGAGUUCUGAAGCAAGUAAUUGAUAAAUGCGUUGUUGGUGCCUCAGUGCGUGAAAUAUGCGAAUUUGGUGAUAGUUUAUUGACGGAAGAGACUUCUAAGGUCUUUAAGAAAGAAAAGGAAUUGAAGAAAGGAAUUGCAUUCCCAACAUGUGUAUCAGUGAACAAUUGUAUUUGUCACUUCUCACCAGUUCCCAGUGAGGCAGACUACACACUGAAGGAUGAGGAUGUGGUUAAAGUGGACCUGGGCGCACAUGUGGAUGGCUUCAUAGCAGUAGUGGCUCAUACCAUAGUUCUUGGGGCCACAAGCGAAGCUAAGGUGACUGGUAGGCGUGCGGAUGUUGUACUUGCGGCUCACUAUGCCUCACAGGCAGCCCUACGGCUCUUGAAGCCAGAAAAUGAGACAUACGCAGUGACGGAUGCAGUACAAAAAGUAUGUGAGGCUUACAAAUGCAAGCCUAUCGAAGGGAUGCUGAGCCACCAGUUGAAACAGUUUAAGAUUGAUGGCGAGAAGACGAUAAUUCAGAACCCAAAUGAUGCUCAGAAGAAAGAGCAUGAGAAAUUUGAAUUUGCAACACAUGAGGUUUAUGCUAUGGAUGUUCUUGUUAGCACAGGCGAAGGAGUGGGUCGUGAACUAGAUACUCGGGUGACCAUCUACAAGAAAACUGAUGAGGCAUACCAGUUGAAACUGAAGGCUUCUCGAAUGUUCUACAGUGAAGUAACACACAAACAUGGUUCCAUGCCUUUCAAUCUUCGAAGCUUUGAGGAUGCAAAGAAGGCCAAAAUGGCGGUUGUGGAAUGUGUGAAUCACAAAUUAAUCGAACCUUUCCAAGUACUUUAUGAGAAAUCUGGUGAAUUGGUGGCUCAUUUCAAAUUUACAGUUUUAUUGAUGCCUAAUGGUCCGCACAAGAUAACAGGCCUUCCAUUUGAGCCAGAGCUCUGCCAGUCAGAGUACACCAUCGGUGACCCAGAAUUGAAGUCAUUACUUAACACAUCAGCCAAUCCUAAGUCAGCUAAGAAGAAAAAGAAGAAGGCUGAGAAGGCAAUAGUGGGAGAGACUCCAGUUGAAGUAGAAGGAGAAGCAUAACUGAAGCAAAGAAUAAUGCAGCUUUGUCACUUUCUGAAAUAUGAACCUCAUUCCUAAACAAGUUGAUGGUAUGAAAACAGGACCCGUCACAAAGGCAGAAACAUGCAAUAACCACUGGAGGGAAGGAAUUCAAAUAUUGGUUUAGUUUGCCAUUUUCAAUAAUUCUGUUCCAAGUUGAGAGGAGCACUUUUUGGGGAAAUGGGUGGGACAUAAAGGUUUGAUUUUGAAAUUUUUGAGAAAUAGUGUUUUCACAAGAGGACCAAAACAAAUCCAAAGUGAAUUAUAGGGAACAGUGAUAUACCCAGAAUUCAUGUUUGUGGUUCUUAAGUUUACAGAACAGUGGGAUUUGCAGUGGACAUCUUUUUGCUUAAAAACAAGUCAACAUGAAUAAUUUUAUUUUAAUAUGUAACACACUUAUCUAGAAGUUUUUUAAAUACAGUUAUGGUGACCAGAACACAGGUGAAAAAAUAUUGUACUAUUUUAUUGUCUUGGGACGCAGUGCAUUAGGAUAAAUUAUGUGAUGCACUGCACAGAUCUAAAGAAAUGAGGCAUGUAUUCACUGAUAUUCCUUGCAGUGCAGUGCAUUCUGUCGUCGUAGUUAUGAAAUACUAUUAAUUCAAUAUUAACAUUUGAGGCCAUUGACUGCCAUUGUGGAUUAUUAGGAACAAAUCACUUUCGUUGUUUCUGAAGGAAAUUAAAAAUUAUGUUUUCUUUUUAUGAACAAAGUUUAUACUCCUCUGUUUCGCAUAAAUUUUUGUUGUAUUUUGUGUCUACAUAUGAUGUACUGCAAAGAUCUUUAUGGAUAUGUAACCGACUAUUCUCAUAUAGUUUUUACAGUAAUGGAGAUUGUGAGCAUAAUAUAAAACAGAGACUGGAGGUUUCUGGAUUUAUUCUGAAGAGAAUUUCCAGGAUAACUGUUUUACUUAAUAAGUGUUCAGUCUAGUGCAUAAGAAUGGAAGUAUGCAAGUAGUAAAUUUUAAAUAAUAAUGUGCUAUGACAUAUUUUGACAGUCCUUACAAGGAAUGUGCAGGUAUGAUACAUUUGUCUCUUUCUACUCUAGUUUUUUUUAGCUUUCAAGUAGAAAAAUGAAAUUUAAAUAUAAUUUGGUUUGUAAUGUUUGUGAUAGUUUAUGAAACUGUGUUGUUCCAAAAAAAAAAAAAGAAACUCUUUGGUGUAGCUUGAUGUCAUUAUGUUCUUGUAUUGGCAUCAUUGGUCUAGUUGAUGAUUGGUCUAAUAAUCUAAUAACCUUGGAAUGAGAAAGCAGAUGUUGCAUUUAUGACACAAUGAACUUCAUUUUUACAAAUUUUAGUUUAGAAGUUAUAAUACUGGAUCAAACAGUGCGUAUGUGAAAACUCUGUAUUGUCCUCAGUGCACAGUGAAAUACACCAGCUAGCUAAAGUGCAAGUCGUGUUUGAAUGUGUGUAGUUGAGGAGUGUACAUUGUUAAGUUUUCUAUGAGAUUUUCAGUAUUGCGUUUACGCAUCCCCCAUUCGCUGGCUGACACCAUAAUGUUGCAGGGUCUUUCUUGAGCUUGUAGGCAGUUGGUCAAUAAAUUCCCUGCUUAUACAAAACCU